AUGCAGAUCACUACCCUUACCUCGGCGUCCCUUCUUCUCUUCUCCACUUUGAUUGGAGUCUCAGCCACAUGUCACCGUAGCGGCACCACUUGGUCGAACAAGGACAAGGCCGUGGGCCACAUCGAGGCGGCUUGCCGUGGAGGUGUCUUCACUGGCACGUUCGCGCCAAAUCAGAGGAAGUACUUGUGCAUCCGAGCCGCUGAAAACGUCAAAUGGGAGUUCUCGGUCACCAAUCAAAACUCUCGCGAUUCGUUUGAUCUCCAGGACCAACAUUGUAUUGAUGGACUGAGCAAUGAGGUUCGUGGUUGUGACCAAGGAGGCGUGACCAGUGUUUCUGGCUGGGAAUACAGCUCCGACCCCAACAAUGGUUACUGCACCUAG